CGCCCCUUCUGAUCCACCGUUCUCCAGUAGCCGUUGACGGCUCUUGUAGUGACGGAUCCUGCCUCGCUCUGUAAUAUUUUUUCUUUUUCUUUUUACAUUUUUGUGGAGGAAAAAAAGAAAAAGGAGUGCCAGUGAACUGAAUCAAGUACAUCCGUCUACAAUAGCCCCCUUUCCGAUUUUAUAUUUUAAAUAUAUUUCUUUUAUCCGGGCUUCUCGGAUAGCUAGCUAGCUAUCAGCUAGCUACAGCUAAUUGGGAUUGGUGGUUAAGCUAGCUAGCUAACCGUUUUAUUACUCAGCGAUACAACCUCGAAACAAGUCGGGACAAGGCCAGUCUCAGGGCUCACCAUACUAAAUGAGCGGACAGCGCAAUGUCCGAGCGUUCUGGGCAAACUACCAAGGGGAAGGACGGCAAAUCCAAGUAUGCGUCUCUCAACCUGUUUGACACCUACAAAGGAAAGAGCUUGGAAGCACAGAAGCCUGUUGUCCCCCCCCGCCAUGGCCUGCAGUCUCUCGGUAAAGUUGCCUCCGCUCGGCGCAUGCCCCCCCCAGCCAGCCUGCCCAGUCUGAAAGCGGAGAACAGAGGCAUCGACCCCAACGUCUCGCUCGUCCCCAAAGACGGCUCAGGAUGGGUAAGCAAGCAGGAGCCUGCCGACCCAAAGAGUACCGAUGCGUCGUCAGCACCGCCGCCGGAGUCGCAGCCGCCUGCGGAUACGCAGACGCCUGCGCCGACGCGGCCGAGAACCCCGCCAGCGCCAGAGGCUCCGGGUUCGGCGCUGGCCGCAGGGGGAAGGUCCUGGGCUCAGGCCAGUGUUACACAUGGAGCACAAGGAGAUGGUGGAAAGGGAUCAAGCCGACCGUCGCCAUUCUCUCGAGAGGAAUUUCCCACCCUGCAGGCGGCCGGAGACCAGGAGCGAGCUGGCAGAGACCCGGCCACUGCAGAUCAGUGGUAUGGGCCCGGACCAAGCCUCCGCCCCCAGAACGUGACGAGCUGGCGGGACGGGGGGGGCCGCGCCAUGGCGAUGACCCCGCCCGGAGAGGGGGCUACGGCGGAGGGCGGGGCAGGGGGAGCGCUGGCGAUGGAGGGGGCGUCCGGGGGAGGCCCGCCCCCUCCGCCUCACCAGCAGGGGCCCCUCCCCCAUCCGCCGCCCCCUAGGAACCCCCCCGCCGGCAGCCCCGCCCUGCCCCUGCCCCAGCCCCCCGUCGGCGCCCAGUUCCCGGGAUACAGAGGGGUCAUGCCCCCCUUCAUGUACCCUCCGUACCUGCCUUUCCCGCCCCCGUACGGCCCCCAGGGGCCCUACAGGUACCAGACCCCCGCCGAGGCCCCCAGGUUCGCUCGCGCGCAGGGCGGGGCGGGGCCCGACGGACGGUCCUCGGGCGGCCCCCGCGGGGGAGGGGGGGACGCGGUGAAGCGCCCCCCCAUCCUCAAACAGGACGACCUGAAGGAGCUGGACGAGCUGGACCACGACGGGGACGAGGGCUGGGCCGGGGCGCACGAGGAGAUCGACUACUCGGCCAAACUGAAGUUCAGCGACGACGAGGGAGAGGACGACGGGGAGGAAGAGCGGGCCGAGGCCAAGAACGGCACCCGGGAGCCACAGCGCCCCCUGGAGGGCGCGUCUGUCCCGCGCUCACGCGCUGCCGAGGUGGGCGGAGACAGCCGCCGCACCCCUCCCUCCUCUGCCUCCCCCGACGAGGCCCCCCCACCCCCCUCCAGCAAGCCAGGCAGGGCCGAGGAGGGGGCGGGGAGCUGGGGGGGGCCCCAGGCUCCUGCGGCCUAUCAGGGUCGGAGGGCCGGACUGGCGGGCCCCCGGGAGCAGCCGUCCCCCCCUCCGGGGCCCCUGCUCGGCCAGGGCCCCCAUCCUUACUACAGACAGGACCGCCCGUCUCCCCAGCUCUCCCCGAACUCCGCCUCCUCCGCCCCCCAGAGGGCCUCCCCCUCCCCGCUCCAGCAGGGCCAGCCGGGCCCCGCCCCCGUCGCCGGGGCGACGCCGCCGCCGCAGGGCGAGGACGAGGACGAGACGUGGCGCCAGCGGCGGAAGCAGUCGUCCUCCGAGAUCUCGGUGGCGGUGGAGCGGGCGCGGCGGCGGCGCGAGGAAGAGGAGCGGCGCAUGGAGGAAGAGCGGCGGGCCGCCUGCGCCGAGAAGCUGAAGCGGCUGGACGAGAAGCAGCAGCAGCAGCAUCAGGCGGGCUCCGCCCCCAGCCCCGCCCCCAGCCCAGCCCCCAGCCCCGCCCUCUCCGCCGCCAGCCAGCCGGCCUCCCCCUGCCUGGACUCCGACGAGCCCCCGCCCCCCCCGGGGCCCUCCGGCGCCACCCACAGGCAGCGGGCGGGCAGCAACGGCAGCUACGACUCCGGCGCGGACUCCCAGCAGUGCGCUGUUCCCAUGGCGCCCCAGCCUCCGGACCCCGCCCUCUCUGGGGAAGCCAGGGAGGAGCCCGUGCGGGUGUUGGGCGGGGCUGCCGACGCGGCGGGCAAGGCGGAGAGUUUGGGAGGCGGAGCCGGACGCUCCGGGGGCGGACCUCCGAGCCAGGGGUACUCCAAGUACCAGAAGUCCCUCCCCCCGCGUUUCCAACGGCAACAGCAGGAGCAGCUCCUCAAACAGCAGCAGUGGCAGCAGCAGCAGCAGCAGCAGCAGCACAGCCAGUCUGCCCAGAACCCGCUGACACCCCCGGGCCCCCAGGGGCCUGCCCCCGCCGCCCCGCCCCAGUCGGCGCCCAAGCAGCCCCCCCUGUACCCGCCCGGGUCGCUGGGGCGCCCGCCUCCCCUGCCCAUGAACUUUGACCCCCGCUGGGUGAUGAUGGCGGGCCCUUACAUGGACCUGCGCGUGAUGCCGGGCCGCCCGUCACACAUGGACUACUAUCCCAGCAUGCACCCCUCCGGUCUGAUGGGGCGAGAGCGCUCCGAUUCGGGGGGGUCGGGCUCUGAGCCCUUCGACAGGCAGCAGCAGCAGCAGCAGCAGCAGCAGCAGCACCCAGGCCCCCCUCACCCCCAGCGCGGGACGCCGCCCAUGGACCCCAAACUGGCCUGGGGGGCGGACGUCUUCCCCUCGGGGGUGGGGGGCGAAGGGCGGGGCCUGGGCUCCCCGCUGCGGCAGAAGCAGCCCCACGAGGAAGAGGAAGGCGGGAGAGGCUCCAGGAGUGACACGCCUCCGGUGCGUCUGAGAGAGGGUGUGGCCCCCGGAUCCCCGUCAGGCUCCUCCAACCAGACGCCCCCGCCUCCCCACGCACCCCAGGGAGGAGGAGGAGGAGGGGGCGGGCACACUGGGCACCACGCCCCCUCACACCACCAGCCCUUCGCCGGGGGGCGGAGCAACUACAGCGGCCCCCACCCGCACAGGGGCUUCGGGCACCAGGACGAGGGCUGGGGGGCCCCCCACCCCCACUACGACCGCAACGGCCGGGCCGACCUCUCCCCCCUGGAGAGCGGCCCCCCCCACCACCACCACGCCGCCCCCCCGCCCCGCUUCCCCCUGCACCCCCCCCACAGGGCGGAGAACGGGCGGGAGAGGGGCGGGGCCGGGGAGGGCGGGGCCAAGAAGGGCUCCGCCCCCUCGCCGUCGCUGCAGCAGCAGCAGCAGCUCGCCAGCGUCUCUUCCUCCUGCUCCUCCUCUUCCUCGUCCUCGUCCUCCGCACGGGACGAAGGCGGCAAGCCGAGCGCGCAGCAGGACCGCGAGCCGGGCCCCCCCGCGGCCCCCCACCCCGCCAGGAGGCCCGAGAAGGCGGGCGGCCACGCCCACAGCCACCCCAGCGCCCCGCAGCCUCACCCCAGGGCCAGCCACCGCGGGCGGGACCACAAGACCGAGACGCAGUGGGGCCCCCGUCCGGCCGGCCCCCCCUCCCACGGCAGGAAGUCCGCCGCCACAGCGACGGGCGGGGGCAGCGCCAACGCGGGGGAGGAGUCGGCCAAUCCCGCGAGCGGCGCGGCCGCGGAGGGCAAGCCGCCCGGCCAAUCGGCCGCGGCCGGUAAGAGGGUGGGGCCAAUCAAGAGGCCAGUGAUGAGAGAGCCUAAGAGAGAGGGAGGAGAGGGAGAAGGAGGAGGGGGAGGAGGAGGAGGAGAGAAGGGGGCGCCCGGAGUUAAGGACAGAGAGCAAGACGGCCACCAGCCCCCGGGCAAGCAGGACCCCCCCACCUCCGGCUCCCAGCCGCCGCCCCCCAAAGACGAGGCGUCCCAGGCGGCCAAACCGCGGAACGGGGGGAAGGAGAGAAUGACAGGAGGAGGUGCAGGAGGAGGAGGAGGCGGUAAAGGUCCCAAAGAAGCGGAGACAGGCAGGCGGGGGGAGCGGGAGCGCUCCUACGACCAGGGCGGGGGGGCCUACCACCCGGGCCCGAGGGGGGGCGGCGGCCGGGCGGGGCGGGGCAGGGGAGAGUUCUACGGGCGGGGCCGGGGCUACAGGGGCGCCUACGCAGGGAGCGGGGGGGCGCGCGCCCGGCCCGGGGGGAGGAGCGGCAGGGACUACCGCCCGGCGGCCGCCGGCGGGGGUUACCAAGGCAACCCGGAUCCCUUCAAAGGGGAGGGCGGCGGCGGCGGCGGGCGCGGCAGGCAGGGCCAGGGCGGGGCCAACCCGGGACGAGCCCGAAACCGCAGCGAGACGCGCAGCGAGGGCUCCGAGUACGAGGAGGUGCCCAAGAGGAGGCGCCAGCGCGGCUCGGAGACGGGCAGCGAGAGCGCCGCCAGCGAGCCGGACCGCGAGGACCGCCCGGAGCGCCAGGACCGCAGGCAGCAGCAGCGCAAGAACGGCGGGACGGGGGCCGACGCCGCCGGGCCCGCCCCCCACAGGGCCCCCCAGGCCCGCGUCUUCACCCCCAGGGGCGUGCCCUCCCGGCGCGGCCGAGGGGGCGGGGCCGGCGCCGGAGGGGGCGUGGCCGGCGGCCAUCGCUCGGGAGGCGGAGCCGCCUCCUCCCAGGGGUGGGGCUCCAAGUCCUCGGGCUCCGCCCGAAAGCAGCAGCAGCAGCAGCCCCCCCCGCAGGCGCCCCCCCCUAAAGACGCGGGCCGCGGAAGAGAGGGGGAGAGGAAGGACAAGGCCGCCGAAUCAGCGGGCGCCAACGCCGCCGCCGCCACUCCGGCUCCGCCCCCCGCCGGCGGCCCCCAGGCCUGCCCCGAGAACGGGGGCUCCGGACCCCCGGCGCCGGUCCCCGACCCCCUCCCCAGCUCAGCGGGCUCGGGCCCCGGCCCGGCCCCCGCCUUCCCCCCGCGCGGCUUCGAGCGGGCGCCCCGGCGUCGCCGCCACGGCCGGUCCCAGCACCAGCAGGACAAGCCGCCGCGCUUCCGCCGGCUGAAGCAGGAGCGGGAGAGCGCGCGCGUCAACGGCGGGGUCGCCGCGGCCACCGGCCCCCAGCAGCAGCAGCAGCGCCCCGCCUCCCCCGCGCCGCAAGGGCCCACCGACGGCCCCCCGCCCCCCGCCAACCACGCGCCGGCGCCGGGCGGCGGCAGCAACGGCACCGUUCACCCGGGCGCCCACCACCACCACCCGCCGCCGCUGCACCGCCACUCCCACGCCAGCCCAGCAGGGGGCGCCAAGUCGCCCGACGUCUCCAACCAGAACUCGGACCAGGCCAACGAGGAGUGGGAGACGGCCUCUGAGAGCAGCGACUUCGCCGACCGGGAGGGGGGCGGGGGAGGGGGGGGCAGGGGCGGGAGGUCGUACCCCUCUCACCACCACCAUCACCACCACCACCCGCCAGGGAGAGGAGGAGGAGGAGGAGGAGGAGCGGCGGAGAGGGAGAGGGAGAUGAGCGCCAGAGAAUCGGCCGCGAACAAGAGGAGCUUCUCCAGCCAGCGGCCCGGGACGGACCGGCAGACCCGCAGGGUGAACACGGGCGGAGGGGGCGGGGCCAGGGGCCCGCGGGGGCCGUCCGGGGGCGGGGGCGGUGGCGGCGGCGGGAACGGCGGUGGUAACCGUGGUGACAGGCGGGGCAACUGGCCCUCUCCCAAAAACCGCAAGUGAAGCAAGCGUUUUGGAAACAUUUCAGAAAGUGCGCCCAGCCCCCCCCCCCUUACAUGCUAGCACAUUAUUGUACAUUCUUUUCACACAUACGCUCACUCUCUUCUCUCUCUCGUGCUGUCUUCUCUCUCUCUCUCUCUCUCUCUCUCUCACACACUCUCGCAAUUUGUCGAAUAGUCCCUUUUACCCCCUCUCGGGUCUGUUUAAAAUGCAAGCGUCCUUUGGCUGAAGGACGUAAGGAAAGUUAGCGUAUACAAGCACAAUGGAGAAUCAGUAAAUGGUCACAUACUGUGUAGAGGUGUCCUUGGUUCAGAUGCUUUCCAGAGUAGGCCCAUGUUUAUAUGUAUGUGUUUGUAUAUUAUACCACAGUUCAGCCUUGGGGAGGGAUUAAAAUGGCUAUUUUCCUUUUUGGGGGGGGGGAGGACGGGGCGGGGCUGGGCGGGGCGGGUGGGGCUAUGUAUUUUAACGAGAACAAUUGUACACUAGAAUUUCCUCCUCUCUUGUGUAUUGUUUUUGCCUGCAGUUUUCAAUUUGAAUUUCAGUCCUCAGUAAUGUUUUGGGGUUGUGUAAUUUUCUUUUUCCCCUAAUUUUCGCUGCAAAGCAGGUUCAUUAAAAUCUUUUUUUUGUACAA